UUUUUUAAGCGGGUUGCUUGCACGGGCCAAUAUAAAGUAACCUUAUGCAAGACACUAGCUUUCCAUACGAUGAAGCAGCUGUGCCUAUUUGGGUGUUCUCUGUCCUCACCACCACUCCACGCUUCCUUCCCAGUUCUGGCUCUCUCCUGUUUCCCCACCCCAUUCAUCGCACAGCAGCCACCGCCACUGGGAGCGCGCGGCCCCUUUAAGAGCCCAGCUUUGCCUCCCGGUAGCUGAAGGUCAUUAAACACAAAAGCUCUCCAGCGCUGCGGUCCAAUAUAGCGCAUGCGCCCUGCCCGAGGACUGGCAGGGAGACGGCAAUAUGGCGAGAAUGCCUGGCAGCGGCGGCGCCGGCGGAGACUGGAGCACCGGGGGCGGUAGCGGUGGUGGCGGUGCAGGUGGUGAGCACAAUGCGGGGGACCGGCAGCCCAGCCGGGGUGGCCCCCAUCGGCCUCUCCACUAUUGCAGCGCGGGAGAGGACGAGGACGGGGAGGACGAGGAUGAGAUACAGGAGGUGCAGAUAACGGGGGACGAGGAGGGCGCCGAUGGGGGAAUCCUGCUGCUGGACGACGACGACGAGGAGGAGGAAGAAGAGGACGAUGUGAUGAUGGGACUCGCGUGGGACCCUGAGGAGGAGCCGGGCCAUAUGAUUCGUAUGGACCAAGGCUCCAGGGCGCUGCUGGAUAAAGCUGCGGCUGCUGUUUGCAGCGUCAGGGGCCGCCUCGGAGGAGUCAGGAGAGGGGGCACAGGGGCCAUCGGGGCGGCUGCAGGUGGCGCCCCCUCGGUGCCGGUGAGCGCCCGCGGUAUGGCCACUUCGAUCGUUAGCAAAGCGGUGGCACCACUUGCCGCCGAGGACUCGGACCCGGAGGCGGAGUUGCUCCUGCAGCGCCCCGAGCGGGCUCGGCUGAGCGAGAACACGCGCUUGGCCACCCGGUACGCGGUGCGCAUCUUCCGCGAGUACCUGAGCGAGAAAGCCCAAAGCCCCGACUUCGAGACCAUGGACAAGGGGGCGCUGUGCCGCGUGUUACGCUCUUUCUAUGCCGAGGCGCGCUCUAAAAGCGGGCAGCUCUACUCCAAGUCGUCGCUCAUCAGCAUCCGCAGCUCGCUCAACCGCUACCUCAACGAACCUCCUUAUUGCCGCACCCUCGACCUCACCAAGGACCCGGAGCUGCGCGCCGCUAACCUGACUCUGGCCGCCGUCAUCCGGAAGCUGGAGGAGCAGGGCGCCGGGCCGGUUGUGCAAAAGCAAGCCAUUACGCGCGCUGACCUUCGGAAGCUCUACACCUGCAACGUGUUCAGCACGCAGAGCCCCUUCGGGCUCCUGAACAAGGUUUGGUUCGAGACGUGCAUGUACUUCUGCACUCGGGGCCGCGAGAACCAGCGCGAGCUGGAGGAGGACUCCUUCGGAUUGGCCAUGGACGAGGAUGGACGCAAGUUUGUCUACUUUAAGGCCCUGGGGCCGUAUCACAAGUCGCGCUCGUCGUCUUGGAGCAAAAAGCGCGCCGAGAGCAACGACGAGGAGAAUUUGCCGCGCAUGUACGAAACCGGCACGGAGUUCUGCCCUUACGCCAGUUUUGUGAAAUACUUGGCGAAGCGCAAUCCUCUCUGCAAGGCCUUUUUUCAGCGCCCGCGGGACCACUGCAGCGAGGGCGACGUCACCUGGUACGAGAACAAGGCCAUCGGCAAGAAUCUGCUGGGCACCCGCAUGCAGAUGCUCUCCAAGGCGGCCAAGCUUUCUAAGACUUAUACUAACCACUGCAUCGGCGCAGUCUCCAUAGCCACCCUCAACAGUAUCGCCGGCAUCGGCACCAAGCUGACUUCAGGGGCCGCCGGCGGAAGAGGUAUCUAUGGCCUUAACGGCAGAGGCCGCCUCCCGCCCGUUCCCGCCAACAACACUUACAUUCUCCCCAAAGACGGCGACAACCACCCCAGCGUGAAGGCCGAAGCGGCUGCUGUUCUGGUGCCGACUAAGCGCUCCCAUGAGGCCAUGUAUGCUGCCGGGGGCGGGGCCGCGGUAGUGGGAGAUGCCUGCGGCCCUUCCUCGUCCCCCAAAAGACUUUGUCUCAGGCCUGCCGAGCCCCUCGACACCGCCGCCGUGGUGGUGGUCUCGGUGAAACACGACCCCUUGUCUCUCCUCAUACCUGAAACCAACGGGCUGAGAAGCACCAACUCUCCCACAGUCAUUUCACCUGCAAUGGUUUCCCCCACACAGGACAGUCGGCCCAAUAUGUCAAGACCUCUGAUCACUAGGUCCCCUGCAUCUCCUUUGAACAAUCAAGGCAUCCCCACACCAGCACAACUCACAAAAUCCAAUGCACCGGUUCAUAUUGACGUGGGUGGGCACAUGUAUACCAGCAGCUUGGCCACACUAACUAAAUAUCCUGAAUCAAGAAUUGGGAGGCUAUUUGAUGGCACAGAGCCCAUUGUUUUGGAUAGCCUGAAGCAGCACUACUUCAUCGACAGAGAUGGCCAAAUGUUCAGAUAUAUUUUGAAUUUUCUACGAACUUCAAAACUACUCAUACCGGAUGAUUUCAAGGAUUACAGUUUGUUAUAUGAAGAAGCAAAGUAUUUUCAGCUUCAUCCCAUGCUAGGGGAAAUGGAAAGAUGGAAACAGGAUCGAGAGACAGGCCGGUUUUCGAAAUCUUGUGAGUGCUUGGUUGUACGUGUUGCUCCGGAUCUUGGAGAAAGAAUUACUUUGAGUGGAGAUAAAUCUUUAAUAGAAGAGGUUUUCCCAGAAAUUGGUGACGUGAUGUGCAAUUCGGUCAAUGCAGGUUGGAAUCAUGACUCAACGCAUGUCAUCAGAUUUCCAUUAAAUGGAUAUUGUCACCUCAAUUCAGUUCAGGUACUUGAGAGAUUGCAACAAAGAGGAUUUGAAAUUGUUGGCUCAUGUGGGGGAGGAGUGGACUCUUCCCAAUUCAGUGAAUACGUACUUAAGCGAGAACUCAGAAGGACAUCUCGUUCAUCUUCAGUCAUUCGAAUAAAACAAGAACCUCUGGACUAAGGACACUUUUUCUUAUGCAACACAAGGGGAACCAUUUUCAUGUGCAGUUGGGACACCAAACAGCUUUAGAAUGAAAAGUUGAAUAAAGAUAUGUUUAUAUCAGAUAUAGAGACCAUGCCUGUAUUCAGAUGAGAGCAUUUGGAGUAGUAAUAAUAACUUCAAGGUGUAAAAUAUGUAUAUGUGAAAGAUUACGUUUGCAAAAGAAAAUAAAAAUGGGUAAGUGAGGUCGGUGCUGUGAUGGCCAUUAAGUCUCCUAGGCCUUAGUAAGGCCUGCUUGACCGUGAAGAAGCCAUUGCCAUUACUGGAAGUUAACAUCUCUUUUCUGUUUUCCAUUAUUAAAUGGCAGUCUGCUUUUCAGUGUAUACACCUUGAAUCAAGUUUACAGAUGCCUGCUUUGGAAGUGACUGAACAGAACUCCAGAAGAGUUUUCUUCAUCCAUUGCAAAAGAAAAGGUUAUAAACAAGGAUUUAAAAUGUAGCUUGUACAGAAGUCAUACACUUCUGCCCACUUGACAGAUGUGAACAUUUUUCUCUCUUUCUAAAAAGGAUCUAGAAUUUAUUAUUAUAUAGUAGAGUGGCCCUGGUUUGAAUCUAAUGAAUUCAAAAGUGGUUUUUUAAAACUUGAUAAUAUAUGAAGUACAAUAAAUUCACUUAAAAGGAUCUAUUAAAAUCAGCAUUAAACAACAAGAUAAUUUUUUAAAACAUAGCUUUUACUGUUAUACAUUUUACGCAUUUACAGGCUGCAAAUGCUAUACAGACUUAUCUGAGAAUCAGUCUUGCUGAUCUCAGGAGAUAUGUAUAGAAUUGCACUGUAAACAAUGAUGAAUUCUAUUUGGAAAAAAUAUGAAGGCAUAAAGAAGUUAGUAAAAAAAAAGUGGUAUUCUCUAAUCCAUUGUAGCAAAAGAAAAUCUGUUGCACUUUAUAGUGCUUCUUUCUCUUCAUUUAUUUAAGCCUUGUUUGAAAAGGUGGCUGUAUGGUAAAAUCCCAAUGCUAGUCCUAGAAUUUUAUAGAUUUUUUAAACACUUGUUACAGCAAUUAAUUGGAGGUUUACAGAAUUACUUCAAUUACACCUAACACCUCUGCUUGGUAUAGCUUCAUCAGUGUUUUUAGAUUUGUCCUCUUAAAUCUUAUAAUCAAUUUUUUUUUACAAAGUAUGCUUCCAUCUGCAUUGUUUUGCCUUUCUCAAAACAGGAAAGAUAGUUCCCUACCACCAGGGAUCCCAGAGUUACUGGGACUUCAUUCACUUUGUACUAAUUCAGUAAUAAAGGAAGCCAUUAGUUAACCACUUCCAUAGAAUUGCCAAGAAAAUUAUGUGGACAUAUUCAUGAAGUUACUGGGAGUCAAGUUUAACUCAAAGGAAAUAAUGCAUUACUUUGUUACUUCGAUAUUUGAAGUCAUCCAUGUUUAAUCUAUACUUUUAUUAAAAUAAGAAAUGCCAAAUUGUCAGGACCCAUAAGAAUAAUUAUUGGUUCUUUUUCCCCAAUAUGAGUCGAAAAAUUACUUUUAUUAGUAGGCCAAAUAUGUACUGCCUUAUAAUGGAAUAUAUUGCAGUUGGGGUUUCUCUUAUUUUAUUAUCUUUUUUUUCUUUACCUAUUUUUUAAUGUGAAGUUUGGAAAAAGAAUUGAAUGUCUUUUUUUAAAAAAAGUGAAAAAGUAGGAGCAUGAAUAAAUCCGUAAAAAUACAAGAAUAGUGCAUUGCUUAAGUUGGUCUUAAUAAGACUUUUAUGUUAUAUGUUUUAAAUAUCCUCUUCUCAAGGACCAACAUAGUUUCCCCUUUUUUGUCCAAGUAAUAUUAACUAAGUAGGUUUGGAAGAGAUUGCAAAUUAUACUACAGAAGCCCCAAACUGUUCAGAAAAUGAUGCUUUCCUUGCCUGCUCCCCAUUAUUACAGUAUCCUUUCCCACAAAGAAUUUCUAUAUACAAUCUAACAUUCAUCCAAGAUAGCUCUAAAAUCAAUAAAAUCUAAAAGCAUUACCAGUGAGUUUUUUUUAAAAAAACGUGAAAUAACCUAAUUACAUACCGCAAUUGAAAGAAAAAAUCCCUAAAAUAUGUUGAUGGACAAAAGUAAUCUUGUGCUAUUCCAAAAGUGAAAGCUUGUAAAAUUAAUUUCAUUUAUCCAAUGUCAUAUGUCAUAUGUAGCAGUUAAGGUAAAAAUGAUGGAUAACAAUAAUAUUAACACAUAAUUUCAUUGAGAAGGUAUACUGAAUUUGUGUUCCCAAAUCUGUGAAUUUGGACAAUAGCAGUAAUACUGCAUUGCUGUAUUUGUAUUAUUGUUAAAUUCCCUUAUUUUUUAAUGGGAAUUCGUUUUAAUGGAUGUGCAUUUUUAUCUUAUUUUGCACUAGGGUAAAACGGAAGGAACAGAAAAGUUGAAAAAAUAUUCCUUUUUAAUCAGAAAAAUCUACAGACGUAUAAAAAAAAUAAAAUUCAACAACACUAUCUGUACUUACCGUACAUUUAAUAUACACAUUCCCCUAUUUUUAAAGUAGGUGGUCCAGACACUGAAUUUUAAGAAUGAGAUGAUGGGGAAAUGUUAUUUUGUUCUAUAUGUAGCACACUGUUCAUAAGAACCAAUAGGCUUUAUCUGGUUAAAACUCUAGGUAGGAUAUUUUGAUAGAAAAAUGACAGCACUUAUGUGUUGUUGAAAGUUGUUCUUCCCACUUACAAAUGCUGCAACUCAAAUUACUGUGAUUUUUGUGUUCGAUGGGAUAUGGAAUCUUUCUUGGCAAUUUGUUCUCGUUCAGUUGUCUGAAAUAGACAUUGUAUCACAUUCCUUUCUAAUUCUUUUAUUAGAUAAACAUUUCUU